AAUAAAGAAGCAAUAGCGAAAAUCCCACUCCCCAACAUAGCCUGCUUCCCACGCUUUCUUGUCUUUAGUCGCUCCAAAGCGAGCUUUACGCCAGCAGAGGAUGGAAAUAAAGACACGAUACUCAACAAUGCAGCAAAUCCAGUGCAAAUCGGCCGUUACAUAAGACGCGAAGAGUCGGCGCUAUUCGCACCAAAAACCAAUGAGCAAACAAGGACGCAGCAGCAGCGAAAAUCACAGGAGCAAAUCAUUGACAACCGAAACAAUCGCAUUAGCAACAAUGUCAGUAGUAACUACAACACCAGCAGCAACUACAACAGCAACAACAACGCGAACAACAUAAGUAGUAACAGCGAAAAUGGCAACUUGAUAAACAAUGUCAACAGUUUUGGGCCGAAAAAAUUCAUUUCCAACAAAGCAAACAACCUCUGCCGCAACAAUAGCGCCAACAAUAACAACAACGGCAGCAGUAACAACUCAACACUUGCUGCUGGAGGCACCCUACUGAAACUAAAACCUGUCAAAGGACGACGGCCGACUGCCUUGCCCAGCGAUGCGCCAAAUUUAGAAGAAGCGGAGGAGGAGGAGCAAGAGGAGCGGCAGGCGAAGGGAAAUGAAAAGGGUGAAAUAGUAGUAGGUGCGGCAAAAGAAAAUCUGGUAGCACUUCAUGUCAACGAUAACCAAGUUGAUGGCUAUAAAAGCAACUCCAGUGACCUGGAUACACCCACCACACCGAACUCGGUCUCCUCGCUGGCCGUACGCUUCUUUAUUGGCCAGCAGGCGCAAGAGGAGGACACUAUGUCCGGGCGUUCCUUAGAUGCGGGCAGCUAUCGCAGCCUGAAAGAGGUGACAGCGCAUGGCAUGCAGCAGCAGCAGCAACUACAACACAGGAGACAAUUUCAAAAUGGUGAUGUCACAGAUAAUAGUGCCAGCGCUCCACUACUGUCCCUCCCUCCAUCAACCAACAGUGAAACAAAUACGCUUCGCAACUCCAAUCGCACUGCCAGCUGUAGCUCCUCACCAACCCUAUACGGUCCACAACCUAAUCGUAAAUCGCGUUCGAAAAGUUGGCGAAAAAUGCGUAACACCGGCAACGAACCACCUGCGGAUGAUGUUCAUAUACCGACGCCACCGCCAUUGCCACCACAGCUGCUCACCGCUAAUUCAUCGUGCGCUUCGUUGCUUUCGUUGCGUAGCAACAAAAUCAAACGCAGCUCUGCGGCCGCUAUUAAUGGCGCUGCAACGCCACACAUCGAGGAGGGUGGCAUCAGUGCCAACGCAGAGUUUGCCACCACUACAACGACAACAACAACGAGUGGUGCAACAAAUGACAAAGAUCAAUCGCCCACGCUGAAGGAUAGCGAUAAAAGCGACCCACCCCAAGCGCAUCGCAUCGAGGGUGGGCUCAUAUUCACGCGUCCCAAUUUACCCGCCAAGAAGGAUGUUCAUAUCGAGUUCAUUGAAAAGGACAAUGAAACACGCAAUCUCAUACGCAAGGCUAUCGAACGCAAUGACUUCCUGAAUAACUAUAUGGACAAGGAGCGUAAGGAGAUGGUAAUCGAUGCAAUGGCGCCAACAUUCUACAGCAAGGACUCUUUCAUCAUACAUGAAAAUGAUGAGGGUUCGGAAAUUUACGUCUCCGAAACAGGAUAUUUUGAUGUGAUCAAAGGUGGCAAAGUGGUGGGUAGCUUUGGGCCAACGACGCUAUUCGGUGAAUUGGCCAUACUCUACAAUGCCAAUCGCUUAGCAUCGGUUAGAGCAACAACAAAUGCGCGUGUUUGGAAAAUCACACGCGAAACAUUCCGUCAAAUUAUGGUGUUAUCCGAGUCGAAGGAACGAGAUGAGAACUUGACUUUCUUGCGCGCAGCGCCGUUCCUUAACGAUCUGUCUGAUGAGGUGUUGAACAAGGUGGUGGAUCUGCUACAGCGGAAAUAUUAUGAGCCCAAGGCGUGCAUCGUGCGCGAAGGUGAAGUGGGUAAUGAGUUUUUCAUUAUACGCGGCGGUACGGUAACCAUUAAGAAGAAGAAUGAGCAGAAUGUGGAACGUGUGGUGGAUCGACGCAAGCGUGGAGACUAUUUUGGUGAGCAAGCGCUACUCAAUGCGGACCGACGACAAGCGAGUGUGUAUGCGGAUGCGCCCGGCACCGAAGUGCUCAAAUUGGAUAGAGAAGCUUUCAUCAGCUACCUUGGCACCAUACCACAACUGCGCGAGAAACCCGAGGAGCGUAAAUCUGCCGAACGCAAACAAAGCAGGCAGCAAUCCGAAUUUGAUAACGAAUACGCCGAUAUACAGUUAACUGAUUUGAAAAAGGUCGCUACAUUGGGUGCUGGAGCUUUCGGUUGUGUUGAUUUAGUUUCCUUCAAAGAUAAAACAUUCGCGCUGAAAAUUAUCAAGAAAAUUGAUGUAAUCAAACAGGAUCAGGUGGAGCAUGUCUAUAGUGAGAAGCACGUGAUGAUGAAGUGCCGCAGCUCGCCAUUCAUUAUUGAGUUGUAUAAGACUUUCCGCAAUGAAAAAUUCGUUUACUUCCUAAUGGAAGCUUGCAUGGGUGGCGACAUAUGGACGGUUAUGUCACAGCGACGCUUUUUCGAUGAGCGCACUGCCAAAUUCAUAGCUGGUUGUGUAGUGGAAGCUUUCGAUUUUCUACAUUCGCAUAAUAUUAUCUAUAGAGAUUUGAAGCCAGAGAAUUUAAUGCUGACAACAGACGGUUACUGUAAAUUGGUGGAUUUCGGCUUCGCCAAACACAUACCACCGAAUCAGAAGACCAAUACCUUUGCUGGCACACCCGAAUAUGUGGCGCCGGAGAUCAUUUUGGAUCGCGGUCAUGAUCGCGCAGUCGACUACUGGGCGUUAGGUAUCCUUAUAUUCGAGCUGCUAGUGGGCAAAACACCGUUUCGCGGGCAAAAUCAAAUAAAAAUCUACCAACAGAUAUUGGGUGGCAUCGAUGUUAUACAGAUGCCAUCGAAAAUCCCUCGCUCGGCGCAGGGGCUAAUCAAGCAUUUGUGCAAGCAAUUGCCGGCAGAGCGUUUGGGUUAUCAGCGGCGCGGAAUUUUGGAUAUUAAAAGGCAUAGUUGGUUUGAAAACCUCGAUUGGAAUAAAUUAAAGUACAAGCAACUGCCCUCGCCUAUAAAGCGGCCCAUUACAAGUAACAUUGAUUUGCAAUAUUUCGGAACAACUGGUGUGGAGAAUGACUUUGAACCACCGGAUGAGACAAGUGGCUGGGAUAUAGAUUUUUGAAGGGCUGGGCGAAAGACUUGAAACAUUAGCCAUAUAAAUUUGAUUUUCUAAAAAGCAAUUUAAUUUAAGUUUAUUAAGUAUUUAGAAUUAAGAUAAAUAUUUCUAAUGCUAAUAACUACUAUUAGGAAUUUUGAAAAAAAAAAAAUUUAUAUGAAAAAUUUUAUUCACGUACACAAGUAAUUAUGACAAAUGAGUGUUCUCUGAAUUUUCACGGAUAUUUUAGCUGUACUGCAUAUAAGAAUCAAGCCUAAUUAUUAUAGUUAGACUUUAUACCGA